AUGAAUAUGCAUGCGCGAGAGCUGUGUGUCUUCGUAUUGGGACGUGACCAGGCCUGGGGUGCCUGGAAAGAGAGGAUCCAAGAAACCUGGGCCACCGACCAAACCGUCUUCGUGGACUUUGGGAGCCCUAAGACCGCGGAGCCGGAGUCGGAGGAGCUUUUGGAGCGUGUGCCUACGUGCUCCAACUGCACGCCCACGCCUUCUUCCCCUUCUGUACGCCGGCUUCACCUCCCGGAUCGCACUGAACUCCCAGAGCGUCCCUACAGUCGAGGGCUGAGCCUAUGGACAGCACUGCGCCAGAAGCUUCUGGAUCACUCAAACACUUCCUCGUGGCUGGAUAGCUGCUACUGGCUCAUGCAUGUGGACGGGGGUGCCUACGUGAAUGUGAAGCGAGUCGCGCAGAGAUUAAGUUGCGUGAAAGGCUUGCACCCUGAAUAUUACGCGCUGGGCCCUAUGAUCGGACAGGCACGAGUUGCUCUGGCAGAUGAGGCUACCGGAUACAUCCUCAGCCGCAGGUUGUUGUUGAGUCUGCGAUCUGAUUGGGUCCCGAAGUGUGCAGACUACUUGUCGAGUAGCAGUGAUGCCCACGGGUUUGGGUGGAACUGGCCUUCGGGGUUUUACGUGACGCUGUGUUUGUGGCAACAGCUCCGUUUGCUAUUACAGCGUUUGGGCGACCCUGAGCAGGAGGUGCUAAUGCAAGCAGUCCCCGCACAGCGUCUCAACUCGCCGCUUCAGCGUCUUCGCAACUUGCAUCCUUCUGGGCACUGUGUUCUGGUUGUGGCAGCGAAGACACCUGCCAGCCUGUUGGAAAUUCACCGGCGUGUGCGGCUGGUAGGCCCGUUGGAGGGUCGUGGCCGCGACAUCGUUCGAAACGAGAUCGGGUGUUCGGUAGCAUUAUCCAUUUUGGAGCCGAUGGCCCUGGCGCCGCCAUGGAGCUACCGCGUUGCUCGAAGUAUAGCUCGUUGUCCGUUGAAAGAGGCGGUCUCCGAAACAGGGCUGGGGCUCUCGCUGCUGAGGCGCGAACUCUUGGAGCCCUCGCGACCCCAAGGACCUGCUGUCGAGAAGCUGCGUUCAGCUCGCGGGCGCAAGCUCUGCAUUCUGAUGCCUACCACAGAUGCAUCCCCGAAACAGAUAAACAGGGCUGUGGCUGCCGCGGAGACUUGGGCAAAGCCCUACCUUCCUCAAAACUCGCCGGACGCACGCCAGGAGUCUCCAGUGCUGGCACUUCUUUACAGUCGCCGCCCCCUCUUCCCGGAGUGGGCCAAUGCCACCCUGUCCUUGAGGGGAGAUGUCGACCUUCGGCACCCCAAGUUCAAUGCGCUGCGCUUCAUCUACAUGUGGUUGACUCUUGCGCUGUAUCACUGGUCAGACUGCAUGUUCUUCAUGAAGGCAGACACGGAUGCCUAUGUGAACGUUCCCAGGCUCUGGGCGACCCUUCGAGCAGUAAACGCAUCAGCAAGGAUCUACGCAGGGCAGGUCACUCUGGCGCACGGCCCGGCAUAUGUGAAGUGGACCGAAUUCGCACACGGCCUGGGGUAUGUAUUGAGCCGUGCCGCUCUUCGAAGUGCAGUGCCAGGCCUCAGGUUCUGCAUGAAUCAGCUCUUGGACGUGAGACUUGAAUCAAUCGAAGAUAUGCUCUUGGGGGCUUGUUUGCGACGUGCCGAGAUCUACCCUGUCGAAUUGGGCAAGAUCAUUUUCGACUUCAAAAUGACCAGCGAACAUGUUGACGGGGUUGUGAAGGAGGCACUGGUAACACACCGGGUGGAAGCGCAGGACAUGUAUGUAUUGCAUGAUGCGGCUGUGCGGAUCAGCCGCUGGUGGCGUGGGACAUUGGGACGGCGACGGCUGCCUGCGCAGCUUCGAAAAGCGAGGCUUUUGCGCUGCAGCUGCGAGAGAAUUCAAAGAGCCUGGAGAUCGAGACGGAAGGCACGAGAGGUUCUGGACGGAAGCUUUGGUGAUGUGCUCGGAGAUGCGCUGGCCUUUAGGGCUACUGUGGAAAAACCUGUGAAGAAGGAGCCUUGCUGCGAGGUGCCGAAGGCGAGCAAGGUGCAGGCGGUGCAAGCGCCAGAGCCAGAAACGAGGAAAGCCGGGAAGGACUCGGAGCGCUCUGCGAUCGACGCGGUUCUGGCUGAAUUUGCGGUGUACACAGGUGCCGAGCCUCAAAGCCGGGCGGCGGCACUCUGGCAGGGCUGCAAGCUGAGGCGCGCCCUUGCAACUCGAGCAGUGCAAGCAAAACUGCAACUCAGGCGCGAUCUUUACUGGUUGAUAGUUGAUGUCGAAUCCCGCCAUCCGCCCCAAGUGCAGGUGCAGGACCCCCAUGUGGGGCCUUGGCUGGAUGUGCUCUAUGCUGGCCUGAGCAAGCUGCAAAGUGAGGCUCUGGCAGAGCUUGCCGCCGCUCUUCACGGCCGCCGCCUCCCCCUUGGCAGGCCAACCUUCCGCGGUUGGCCCAAGGACUUGCGACGCCUGCCCCGGCUGGUGACCAGGCCCAGGCCGCCGAUUGAAGUCGGCGAGUCAGCAAGGGAACCGGAAGCCGACACCCAUGGACACGCUGAACCUCGCCGCUGUCCACCAGGGCGCCGUACACCUCCUAAGGACUGGUCCAAGGUGGCUCCAAAGGUUCGUUGCUGGGACAAGGGCCAGCCUCUGCCCGUGGCCGGAGCUGUCUCCGCCGGAUAUCAGAGCGGUGCGAGCACGCCGACAGGCCGGCGACCACUGUCCUGCUCACGGGCAGGAAGUCCACAAGGUCCACCGACACAGGCUCUACUGCGGCAACGGCCACGUCCCGGACAUCUGACGAAGGUGGCUAUGUCCAUUGAAACAUCUGCCUCGAAGCGAUCUUGA